AUGACUCUAUCUUUCCACGACUUGCCCUCCCCAUCUGCGAACCCGAUCCGCCAAAGCGUUUACUCGCACAAUCGUGGUAGCAUGGGAUUCUUCAGGUGCCGAGUCGAGUACAGUCCGAAUAUGCGCGAACUUUUUAUCAGCUUUACCCCGGACUAUCCUAUCCUCACGUUCUCUUCAAGCACUAAGCGGAAAGCCCAAGGGCAUUUCUGGUCUGUCAUGCCCUUGCUCCAUCUGAACAGACAACGAGAGGCUCUCAAGGAGUUGAGAAAAAUGAUGCCAAUAACGGCAAACGACACCAGUAAAUGCAUAGACAUAUUCAAGUUCUUGGCCGAUAGACCUCCUCAUGGCUAUUUACAGGGAUACAAUUGGUUCACAGCAUUUCACGUUGUGGCGUAUAAAAAUAUGACAUCUCUCCUCAGCGAGUGGAACAAGAAUCAAGAGAGUCAAAAGUGA